AUGGCUACUACACUUAUACCCAACGUCUUGGAAAAACCAAGCAAUUGUGGCCCCAGUUUUGACGGCCUUCUCGAACAUGCUGUCAUCACUGGCGCUGAUGAGAAGGCUCGAAUGCGAGGAGGUAACCCUUUUCCAAGCCUCGGGCCACCGAAGAAAGUGAUCGUGGUGGGCGCUGGCAUUUCCGGGCUCCGAGCUGCUUCGGUACUCCGCCGCCACGGCCUCGAUGUUGUAAUCGUCGAGGCCCGUGACCGUAUUGGUGGUCGUAUCUGCACCAGCAGCCAGCCCGGCAAGACGCGUGAUCUCGGUAUGUCAACACAUACGUUCCCUCUAAGGGCACAACUUGCCAUCGUCGUCAUGAGAUAUGCUAACUUGAUUCCGAAGCUGGGAGUCGACUACUACUACGAUGACGGGGCGCCUUUGUACUACACCCCUUACGGUAAAGCCGGCGCUCAAUUCAAAGCCAAGAAAGUGGCGGAUGAAUUCGCCGAUUAUUGUGAGUGGUUUUAUAAGAAUAAUCCGGAUGCUGAGGACAAAAGCGUCGACGAGUUAGUAAGAUCAUUUGUCAAGAAGCACGAUCUCAUCACUGAAGAUGAGCGCCUUUGGGCCCCGCAAGCUACUAGAGAGAUAGAGCUCUGGAUAGGCACAAGUACGUCCGUGGCAUCCUCCAAACACCUCAGCUAUUUUGUUACGGAGCGUAAUCUCUACGUUCUACAUGGUGGUUAUCAGAAGAUCGUUAGGUGGACAGCUGAGUCAAUACUCGACUCUAUUCACCUAAAUCACCAUGUCAGCCAUGUUCAGUGGAGUGAGGACGGAGCCUCAAGUGCCGUCGUCACCUGUCAGAACGCUCAGGGCGAGGAAGAGCGUUUGGUGGCUGAUGCUGUCGUUGUGACGGUGCCUUUGGGUGUUCUCCGACGUCAGUUGAUCUCAUUUUCGCCCGCCCUUCCGGCUGAUAUAAGUGAGGGAAUCAGUCGAUUCAGUUAUGGCGCCUUGGGCAAGGUAUUCUUCGAGUUUGCCGAGGUCUUCUGGACCAAGGACCAUGACCAGCUUAUAUACUACCCGGCACCCCCUGAACAUCAGGAAGAAGGGCUUGCUACAGAUGGCAUCCUAUCCCAUCCUACUGUCACCGUUAACACCUGGCUCAUGUCGGGCAAGAAGGAGCUAUGUGUCCAGGUUGCCGAACCCUUGACGCAGCGGGUCGAGGCCAUGAGCAAUGAGGAACUGUAUAGCUUCUUCCGGCCGCUGUUCAAUCUUUACCGUACUGAGCCAUACAAGGCUCUACCUCAACUUGUGAGUAUCGAGUGCACAAAAUGGACUCAGGAUCCAUUAGCUGGUUUUGGAACGUACUCGGCCGACAAGGUCGGUGAUGAACCCAGCCUAUUCACUGACGCUUUGACGAAUCACAAACGUAGCCGUCUGCAGUUUGCCGGCGAGCAUUGCACUUUGGUUGCUAAUGGCUGCGUUCACGGAGCCUUUGCUACUGCGGCACUCAAGACAGAGGUCACAUGUAUCGCCUCUCAGAAGCCCGGAUCGCUCAGAUGUUCUGUGUGCCACGACACCGAAUACUACUCAGCCGACUGCCAAUACAGUGAUUGGGAUAUGCACAAGCUGGCAUCAAGUCCUGAGUUCUGCUGGGGAGCUUUCAAGAAACACCCAUAUGAGGCUCAUGAACUCGAGAUUGUGCAUUCGACUAUUGACAGUUGGAAGGCAGCGACCAAGGGACAAUAUAAAUGCGCAGAUCAAUAUAACCUGAUUGUUCGUGCCCUCAGUCGGGAUACUGCUACGCAAGGAAAAGCUCUCGAGCACGCGGUCAAAACUGCUUCCUGGAAGUUUUCGAAUGAAUUGAAAGGCCAUCUCCGUGGUUUCAAUGAGACAGUCCUUGCUCUAGCUGGACCGUUGAGCGAGCGAUUCUAUGGGCCACCUGUAACCUUCGCAUACAACAUGGAUAGUCAGUUUCACUUCGAAACUAUGGAUGACAUAUCAGCUGCUGACUUUGGAGCGUUGGUCGAUGACUGGAACCCGAUCCUCGGGCGUGUUAAGCGAUAUCCUGGGAAGACCAUGUCGGCAAUUUUUCUUCCCGAAAUUUUCAACUUCUAUAGCAUGGGUAGCCCUUAUAUAGAAAUGAUGUCGGAGAGCCCUGAUGAGCUCUCGAUUCGUCGCAUAAUUGGCACCCAGGAUACAGUCGUUGCGGUGAAUAUUACUGCAGCACUAGACUCUAAACAGCUUUGUUGGCACAAGUCAUGCAUCCUUGAUGUUGUAUCGAUUAAACACCUAUGCCUCAGGGGACACACGUUCCACGCACUGCUACUAGGGCCUCUUCUCUUAGACCUGCCUUGGAUUGGCAGGACUGCCCGGAUCACUAACGAUCAUGGUUCCUCUCCCAAUUACCGCUGGCAAGAAUCACGUUCUCGCUUUCUACGCCGAGGUAUCAUCCUUUGUUACGAAUUGUUAUGUAUCGAGCACGUGCCUCAGAGCGACGGCAUCAUAGUCUUCAAUGCGUUCGGCGCCAACAUCAGUCCACUCCAUUUGAUUGCUUACGACGAAUUCAUGUUUCGCCAACUUCACACUCAUAAAUCGCAACGCCAGCUUUCCAAGCUUGGCUUUCUCUCAUUCUGGAAUAACCUCAAGUCUGGUAAGGUCAAGAUAACAAAUGAGCUUAAGAAGCCGUAA